GACACUAAUGCGUGUAACACCCGGUGUUUGAGUUGUGUGAUGGAGUUUCGCUGACAGACAGACAGUACCGCUGCAUUGUAUUACUGUUUUCACUCCGUCUGUCCUCCAACUCGGCGGUUUCUACCGGGAGCUCUCGGCCCAGCGACAUGGCGGAUAACAUUAUCAUCAGGGUACAGUCCCCAGAUGGGAUGAAGAAAAUUCCUUCUACCAAGAGGGAGACAGCUGCUGCUUUUUUGAAAAAGGUGGCCAAAGAGUUUGGGUUCAACUCCAACGGGUUCUCAGUUUACCUGAACCGCAACAAGACUGGAGAGAUCCUGUCCCAGAACAAAACCCUCAGCCUGCUGAAGAUCAAGCAUGGGGACAUGUUGUUUCUGUUCCCUUCAAUGUCCUCCUCCUCCUCCGAGGUGAUGGACACGGCCACCCCGCACACAUCUUCAUCACUACCAUCCCUCUCAUCCUCCUCCUCGUCCUCCUCCUCUUCGUCCUCCAUGAUCCCUCGGUCCUUCUCAGCGCCGCAGGUCCAGGAGGAUGAGAUCGAUCAGUAUCUGGCCAAGCAGGACGGCAAAAUCUACAGGAACAGAGAUCCACAGCUAUGUCGCCACGGCGCCCUUGGAAAAUGUGUGCACUGUGUACCGUUAGAGCCUUUUGACGAAGACUACCUGAAUCACCUGGACCCACCAGUGAAGCACAUGUCAUUCCACGCGUACCUUCGCAAGCUGACCGGUGGAGCCGAUAAAGGGAAGUUUGCGGCUCUGGAGAACAUCAGCUGUAAGAUCAAGUCCGGCUGUGAAGGUCAUCCUCCGUGGCCAGAGGGGAUCUGCACCAAGUGUCAGCCCAGCGCCAUCACACUCAACAGACAGAAAUACAGACACGUGGACAACAUCAUGUUUGAGAAUCACACCAUUGCUGACCGUUUCCUGGACUUCUGGAGGAAGACGGGCAGCCAGAGGAUGGGCUACCUGUACGGCAGGUACACCGAGCACAAAGACAUCCCUCUGGGCAUCAGAGCUGAGGUGGCUGCCAUCUACGAGCCCCCACAGAAUGCCACUCAGAACAGCCUGGAGCUGUUGGAGGAUCCCAAAGCUGCAGCUGUGGAUGAAAUUGCUGCCAAACUGGGGCUGUGCAAGGUGGGAUGGAUCUUUACCGACCUGCUGUCCGAGGACACGAGGAUAGGAACCGUCCGCUACUCGAGAAACAAGGACUCACAUUACCUGAGUGCAGAGGAGUGCAUCACGGCGGGAUACUUCCAGAACAAACACUCAAACCCCUGCAGACUCUCUCGAGACGGACACUUCGGAUCCAAAUUUGUGACCGUCGUCGCUACAGGCGGUCCAGACAACCAGGUGCACUUUGAAGGAUACCAGGUGUCCAACCAGUGCAUGGCUCUGGUGAGAGACGAGUGCCUACUGCCCUGCAAAGACGCCCCAGAGCUCGGCUACGCUAAAGAGUCCAGCCUCGAGCAGUACGUCCCCGACGUCUUCUACAAGGACAAAGACAAAUUUGGAAAUGAUGUCACAUUUCUAGCUCGGCCUCUACCCGUGGAGUACCUUAUCAUAGAUAUAACUACAACUUUUCCAAAGGACCCUCAGUACACCUUUUCCUCAACACAACGUUUCCCCAUCGAGAACCGCGACAUCCUGGGAGAAACACAAGAUUUUCACAGUUUAGCGACAUACCUGUCCCAGUGCACCUCGGCAUCAUUCCUGGACAUCGUGUCAGACUUCCACCUGCUCCUCUUCCUCGUCACCAACGAAGUCAUGCCUCUGAGAGACAGCAUCGGGCUACUACUCGAUGCCGUGAAGACUUCUAAUGAGGAUCUGGCACAGACCUGGAAGAAGUCUGAGCAGUGGGCCACCAUCGAGCAGCUGUGCAGUACGGUGGGUGGGCAGCCCUCCAGCUCUCUGGGUUACGGGGCCAUGGGCGGCCCCUCGGUUCCGGCCUCCUCCUCAGCCAUGUGGUCCUGCCUCCACUGCACCUUCAUGAACCAGCCCGGCACAGAGCACUGUGAAAUGUGCAGCCUGCCCCGCAGUUAAAACCCUCCGCCCUGCUUCCACGCCCUGAUCAGCCACUGCUCCAGGACCAGCUGCAAGAUUCGGACGCCCCGUUUUCGUUCAGUCCCUCGCCUCACGUCGACGCCUCCGCCCUUCCCGCCUCGCCGGCUGCUCGAGGGACGCGCUCGUUUACAUCGAAUUUCACUGAGUAAAUAAACCAGACUGUUUGGUGUUUUGUGUCCCUCCUCACAGCGGCUCCGGUGAGCGGCGGGUUUUAGGUAAAGCACUUUUGGCCGAGGCCCCACCGUCACCCCCAAAAUAAGCCUCCCUCAUGGCUCAAAUAUAUCCUGCUGUGACUCAGGACGGCAGCAAAGACUCAAGUGUUUGGAUGUUUUCUCACAUCAGUGCCGCUCUCACUCUCACAACGUCUUCUGGAAAAUCUUGCUGUGUAUAAAUACAUUUGAGGAAUGACACUGUUAUUUAAUUUUCUUCUUUUUUUUAUUAUUAUCAGAUUGUAGCGCAUAUCUUAAAGUUUUGAAUCUUCAGCGUGGACUCUGCUGUCAGGUUUUUCUAGGUCUGUUUGGCCCUUAAAGCCCCUUAAAGUACAAUCAUCGGACCUGAAAGAGCUCCAGAGUUACCCCACCUCAGUACAGAGUUUCUAUUUUCAGUAUUAAAUUAAGUCCCACGUUUUGACUUGACACCUAAAGAUCUUUCGCUGGUUUGUUGGAAUCGUAGCUUUUUUGGAUUUGGUGGUUUUGAACUUGAUCAGGCACAAUAUGUAGCUUAUUUUAUCGGCUGUAUUUUCUUUUCUUUUUAUCUCCGAUAUCGCGCCCAUCUCCAUCCUUAUCACUGACUCACAGAGUUUUAGCCGUGAGGUGCUUUAGAAAACAACUGGUGCUCGCCACUCUCCUCUCCGUCACUCUCACAUCCCCCAUGGUUCUUCUUUUGUUUCCUUACUCACGCCGGAGCGUAACCGAAGUUCCUCCACUAAAGGGCCCCUGCUGGGUUCAUCCCCAUCGCUCAGCCUUCAAAGACUUUGCUGCUCGGAGUGCAAAGGGGUCAUCUGGGUCGCCGUAAAUCUGCGAGAAGGAUGGCGACGAUCUGCUUUGUAAAACUCAGAAAGCUUCUUCCUGCAGGAGGCUUUAAAGAAUGCUUAGCAUUGAUAUUUUUUAUAGUUUCUUCUUUUUGUACAGAGCUACGGUUGUCGGUGGUGAGAAAGGGGCUGAGAAUGAAAGCUCGUCUCGAUGACACUUAAGGGGUCAGUUCAACCAAAUUAUAAAAAAAUAAAACACAUAAGACAUAUUUUAGUACUUAAAUAUAACCAGAUAUAUAUCCAGAUCUCGACGACGUUUCCAAGCCCAGGAUACAGUGGUGGUGUCUCAGAAAGUUUGUCAUUAAAAUUAGGACGUUUCGCUUAUUGCACCAUCCAAAUUCUCUGCAAAAAUGAACAUUGUCAGCGUGUAGGUUGCCUCUUGGAGGUUGUAGUUGUUGGUUUUUAUAGCAAAUGGGAAAUUUUGGAAAGAGAUAGUGGAAGGGGAGGAGAAUGCAGCGUGAAAUGUACGCUAGAAAGGGCGGACUUGUAUCCAAAGUCAACAUCUGGUAAGUCAAGACUACCUCCACCCAAUACAGCGGCUCUUUUUUAUAGCAGACAUGUAAUAGCAGGAAAAGCAUAGGUCAAGCCAGAAUGUCCGUCAUGAAAUUGAAGAGUGGAAAUUUAUUCGUUGGAGCAUUGAAAACUCAAGAGGCGAGAAAAAAUUCUUCAUGUAAAAAUGGAAAAAAGUAAGAAAACAUGUUGCUCUGUGUAGUAAUUUCAGUGAACUGACCCUUUAACUCAGUACAAUCAGUUGUGGAUGUAUAAGGACGGUCGAUUAAAACUGGUUUCUUUUGGAUUUUCUGAAUACUGCGACCGAGUACUUGUUCUUAACAUCUGGCAGCAGCUGCUCAACAUGUGCCCAGUUAGCAAAACCAAACCAGAACACACUGAUGUCAAUCCACACUCAACCUGUUUACAGUCUCAGGGCAUCAGAAGCUGCCAUUUCAUCAAAGCCGCCGAUGUCUAGGAGAUGCAGACAAAGUUCAUAUCAACCAGUGAUAGACGUGUAGGAGUUUUUCUGGCUUCAUAAGAAGGUCGAGCAGAUGGAGGUCACAUAGCUGCCGUUUCUUUUUUUUAAAGUUAUUUUUUUGGCCUUUUUUAGAUAGGCGCAGUGAGAGAGAGAGACAGGAAACAGGGGAGAAGAGUCGGGGGAAGACAUGCAGCAAAGGGCCGCGAGAGGGAAUCGAACCCGGGCCAGCUGCGUCAGGGACCAGCCCCUGUACAUGGGUCACCCUCUCAACGCGUUGAGCUAUACGGGCGCCCAGCUGGUGUUUCUUUAAGGUUAGGUCCCAAACCUACUUGUCCAGGUUUGGAAAAAGAUCCUGGUUUAGGUUAUCAAACAGGUUUAGGUAACUCAAACACCAACUAAGAACAUUUAGCUAAACACUUACGUCUAUUUCUGAUGAACUAGCCUACAUGCUAACAGUUAACCGGUGAAUUCACCUGAUACAGUGGCCGAAUAUGAUGAGAUCUUUUCCAAAUUGGUGUAAUUUUUCAGGGCAAUGAUAUUGUGUGAUUAAAAACUAGUUUCAUGACUUUAAGUAUGUGUAGUUAAUGCAAGAAAAAAGACAAAUUAAAUUGGCUUUAGUGUAUUUUUAGGCUAAUUUUGAAGUAUCACCUUAGAAAAUGCUAACAGAAACAACAAAAAUGUUGCUCAAAAAAAGUUUUUAGGUUCUUUUGAGGUGCAUUUUGACUUCAUGGGUGAUGGAAAUACCUUUUUGGAUUUAGUUCCGACAAAUAAUUACAACUUUCCCGACUGAAAACAACUCCUGAAGAUAUCUCUCUGAUUUUCUUCUUGAAAACGCCAAAAUGUUGUUUCAUCUUUGAGGUUUUUUUUGGGUUUUUUUGCCUUUUAACAAACGAUUGGUUUUGUUUCCAGUUUCUUCUUGCAGUUAUAGCGCCACCUUCUGAUAACACAAAUUUAUUCUGUCCCAACCAGUUGACAGAAACACACCUAUUUCACAUUAUCUUUUGGGAUUUAUUUUUGUGAGUUUUAAAACGUUCACUUCAAAUUCGCGUGACAACGAAACACGGCUAGCGACACUAAAGCUAACGAGCUGCACAUUUAGCGUUCUUCCAGCUCCUGAACCGUCCCGAUUGAUCCAGAAUCUUCUUUUAGUCACGUCCUCGGUACGUUUCCCGCUGACUGAAGCAUCCUCAGGCCUUUUAUCACCACUGUUGGUUUCUUUUUCCCUCCUAACAUUGUGCACUGUCACAGCAGAUGGAUUUUAUUCAAAACUGAUGGAUACUGAAGUGAGGUUGUCAACGGGGUUGUGUGCUUCUUCUAAGAGCGUGACGGUGAAUUCCAUGGAUGAAUAUAUUUUUAGUUGUAGUUUCAUUUUGAAAACGCCUGGACAAAAAAACCUAUUUUGCUUUGUUUUCGCCCGGUGGUCUCAUUCUUCCCCCGCCCCCUGUGUGGAUUGUUGAGAGUGAUUUCUCUGAUGUCAUGGUAACGGACGGCAGUGACCUUUUUCCUUUUGUAUUGAUCCGGGGGCCGUUUGCUGAGCAAGCAUGCUCUUGGACCUACAGCCGGUCCUCACUUUCCACUAAGCUAACUGAGGACUCUGAAAAUUGUAUGCUGUUGACCUGGAUUUGAAAAAAAAACCAAUAAAAAAAACAAAAAAAAAAACAAAGAAGGAAACCGA